GGUGUUACGUUUGCCGAAUACGAAUCUUUUUCUCUCUUCCUGAACAAUUUGAAGGAAUUCACGGCAGCAGUGCGCCUCUAUACGUUGGCUAAUAUCCCGGUAUCGCAGAUGGAAUUUCGACGAGUGGUCCGCGCUUCAACGGGACACAAUCUGAAUGAGAAUCUCGUGAAGCUGCUCUUCCGCAUUUUCGAUACGAACAACGACGAUCGCCUUUCGUAUACCGAAUUCAUUGGUGUGAUGAAUGAUCGCGUACGGCGCGGUUUCAAGGAAACUCCUCUGUUUUAUCGGUUUAAGGAUGUCAGUGGCUGGAUUUCCUAUAAAGUCUCCGAUUUGCAGCUUGAGAAUCUGAGAAAGGAUGCUUUUUUUUGCUUUGAAAUCUCAUCUGCGCUGGAAAAUCUUCGGGAACGUUUUUACUGGAAUUGUAUUGGUGAGAUUCCUAGUUGA